GCCACCUCCCUCCAACCGUCGGCCAGACUCCAAAGUCCAAUCCCAUUCCGCACCCCAUAUUUUACUAAUCAAUGCAAUUUGCCAACCUCACCUAACGAAACCCAUCUCUGCUAUCAAUCCUUGAUUGAUUCCCCUUCCCAUAUUUCUUCCUUAAGUUCACCACUUCGUUAGUUUGCGUCUCCCACUCUCUUUAAACCCACUUGUGACUGGUGGUGAGUUGUUCGUCUGUAACACUGCCUCCCAACUUCCACCACCAGCCUCAAUUGCUGGGUAGGAUAUACCCUAAUCCCAAAAAGCGAAGAAACCUCCUUCUUCUGUCUCUGUCAAUCAGUUUCUGGGUUCUUACCAAAGGCGAAGGAAAGAACAGUUGACCUGAGGAGAUGAGCGGCGAACAGAAGGCGUUCACUUUGGCCGAGGUCUCUGAGCACAACACCGCCAAGGACUGCUGGCUGGUCAUCGAGGGCAAGGUAUACAAUGUGACAAAAUUUUUGGAAGACCAUCCUGGUGGUGAUGAGGUUUUGCUGCAAUCAACAGGGAAAGACGCGACAGAAGAUUUUGAAGACGUCGGGCAUAGCACCAGCGCAAGGGCGAUGAUGGACGAGUUCUAUAUGGGUGAAAUCGACUCUUCUACCAUCCCAACCAAGGUCAACUACACAGCUCCUAAGCAGCCUCACUACAGCCAGGACAAGACCUCCGAGUUCCUCUACAAGCUCCUCCAGUUCUUAGUCCCCCUCCUCAUUUUGGGUGUGGCUUUCGGCAUUCGCUUAUAUGGCAAAGCACCCUCUUCUUAA